AUUACACAAAAGGGUGGUGGGGUGGCAGCUACAACUUUUGGUCUUGUUUGUUUAGAGCUUGCAAAGGUUAGCAAAACCGUCCAUGUUUAUUUCAUGAAUGAUGAAGCCUUGAGAUCUUCACUGUGUUUUCUGGUGCAAAUGGAGAAACAGUUGAACUCUUGUACACGCAUUUAUUGUUUUUCAAAUAUAAUCUAUGGCAUAAGUUGUUUAGCUCACCAACCUCCCAAAAGCAAUGCAUGGGGAGAGCUUGAUAGUAGGCUACAUGAUGAAGCUCCCGAGAAGAGGAUUUUUCAAAGGCACCAAAUAUUAUUUUGCCUGUUUCAUGAUAUUAUCCCAUAA